CCAUCCAGGGCUUAUGGUGAUUUAACUAGAAACCACUCAGAUGAAUGCUCUGGGCAGGACUUGGGCUUUGGGGAUGCUGAUCUCCUUCAACAAUUUUGUGUCUGAGUCAAGAUGUUCAGGUAUGGAUUGGAAUCAAAUGACACAGAAGAGCUCAUUGCUUGAGCCAGAAGUUAGUGCUCCAGUGUCUGCACAGAUGGGUACCAAGGCUCUGCUGUGCUGCACUCCUAUUUCAUGGACAAAAGUAGUAUUAAUAACAUGGAAAAUAGCCCUCAGAGGCCAACCUCCCUGCACAAUAUCCUACAAAGUAGAAACAAAUGAGACCAGUAAAAUCAACUGUACAGACAGGAGAAUCACCUGGGCUUCCACACCUGACCAGAGUCCUGACCUUCAGAUCAAUACAGUGGCCCUCGGUCAUGAUGGAUAUUAUUCAUGUGAGGUAGUGUCAUCUGAAGGGCAUUUUCAAAUGAGACACGACCUCCAAGUUCUAGUGCGCCCUGAAGUAACCCUGUUUCCAGGGGACAACAGAACUGCAGUUUGUGAGGCCAUUGCAGGCAAGCCUGCUGCUCAGAUCUUUUGGGCUCCAGCUGGGUAUCAUGUCACUAAGAAUGAAUCCCACAGCAAUGGCUCUGUGACUGUCAGGAGCGCAUACCAUUGGGAACACAACACUGUGUCUGCGGUGGUCUGCUUUGUCUCCCAUCCAACUGGCAACCAGACUCUGACCAUAGAACUGAAUCAAGAAGCCGUGUGCCAGCUGGCAGCCAUGCAGUAUGAAUGUACAGUCAAAAGUUUGGUGCUUACCACAUACGUGUAUGAAUGGACAUCUACUUUCUCCAUUCCCCACUUUUCAUGACAAAGAAGAAGAAGAUGGCUUAGGAAAAGGUGAACAACAGUGCUGGCUGGAUUUCCUUCAGCCACGUCCUCCAUGAAUGACUUCCAUCAACUUCCUGUUCCUAGCACAUUUUAUGUGAUCAUAAAUAUUGCACUGUCAGGUAUAAAGAAAUCAACACCUUCAAGUCUGCCCUAUCUGGUCUUGUUUCCUUACUUCCUUGCUACCAAGUAGCUGAACAGCUGUUUUUUUGAAUAAAUCAUUGAAUACAUGGCUUGGAGGUAUCUCUGCAUUUUAGUAGAAGUUAAAUGUUGAGAGCAGAGAAGGUAUUGCCAGUAUCAUGGAGAUAACAUUCAAUAUCCCCUUACUGUUUAGAGUCCUAGUGUCUCAAUUUCCUUUGCUGUCUGAAUUGUAACUUACAGGGAUUGGGAUGGAUCCCUGAGGGUAACAAUGAGACACUGGUGGAUCCUAGUAACUGUAAAGAAAGACCUUGUCUUCACUUGUCACAGAUAUUAGUCCUAUAAUAAAAAUAUAUUUGUAGUUAAAAGAAUUAUUUCCUGGGUAGGUGGCAAGUGAUUUGUGCUAUUACUUUUAAUUUUAGUAGAAAUCAAAGGAUAAAAUGUAUGUAUGAUGUUAAAGGAUACCUGGACAGUAGCUUCGGGUGGUUCUGUAAAAGUUUUAGUCUUGUUCUUUUCACACUCUAAUGAAUUGAUCAGGUCAGGACAGAGGAUAAAGGGAUGCUGAUCUAAGCUGCUGUUUUAUCCCACAACUCUGUCCUCAGGGUAGUUUCUAUUUAGUGGUGACUAUGGAAAGAGGAAGAUAGUAUAUGGGAUAAUUUAUGAGCCAGUCCUGGAGUAGUAAGCCCACCUGCUCAAAUUCCAUGACUACUACUCAGAACGAGGGUUGCUGCACACUUAAAAAAUCUCUGCACACAAUACAAAGCAGGAAGAGUGCUAAUAUCAAUGUUAAUGCCCACAUUAAGAGUGGGAAAUCACUAUUUUUCCAUGAGUGAAUAAAUUCAUAACUGUCACUCAAACACGUGUAAGGUUUGAGUUCUCUUUAUCUCCUCUUUCAUUGUAAGCUCUUCAUGUUUAAGUCAGGAUGUGAAUAGGGAAGAGAUCUGUAACAGACUAGGAAACACAGGGGCAGAUAUUGCAAGUAGCUUGUGUCACUGUCUUUCCUCCGUGUUCAAUUGUGGAAGACAAUUCUCUGCAUGGCUAUAUCUUCAUCCCACCUCUCUCUCAUGUUUUAGUAGAUGCUAAAGGUCUUUCCAUAAAAGUUCAUGGCUCUGUUUAUUCACAUGAGAUAGUUUUCUCUGGCCAAUAAAAAGAUACAUAAA